AUGGUGAAGAUGGCGAGCGGAGGGGUAGCUGUAGCUUCGCUGUGGACUGAAGUUAACCGAUGUGGGCAAAGUGGAGACUUUACAAGGGCCCUCAAGGCUUUGAAUAAAAUAUUACAGGAGAACAAGGAAGACGUGACUGCCCUUCACUGUAAAAUAGUUUGCCAUGUUCAGAAUGGCAGCUUUAAAGAGGCACUAAAUGUGAUGAACACUCAUUCAAAGGUUCUUGGCAGCGUGGUACUGUUUGAGAAGGCCUACUGUGAAUAUCGGCUGAACAGAGUUGAAAGUGCAUUGAAGACCAUUGAAAAUGCCCCUGAACAGACUGAUAAGUUGAAAGAACUGUAUGGACAAGUGUUGUACAGACUUGAGCGCUAUGAUGAGUGCAAGGCUGUCUACACCGAUCUGAUCAGAAACUCCCAGGAUGAGUAUGAGGAGGAGAGGAAAACCAACCUGGCUGCUGUAGUUGCUGCCCAGAGCCAGUGGGAGAAAGUCCCUGUAGAGGAUCUCGGCCUUCAAGAGACAACAUAUGAAUUGUGUUACAAUGCUGCCUGUUCAUUGAUUGGCCAAGGACAACUUACUGAGGCUUUUAAUAAACUUCAAGAAGCAGAAGAGCUUUGUCGAGUUUCAUUGGCAGAGGAUUCUGAUGUGACUGAAGAAGAUAUUGAGUCCGAACUUGCUGUUAUCCAUUCUCAAAUGGCCUACGUCAUGCAGUUACAAGGCAGAACAGAUGAAGCACUCCAGCUUUAUAACCAAGUCAUUAAACUCAAGCCGUCAGAUGUCGGGCUACUAGCUGUAACCGCCAACAAUAUCAUUACGGUCAAUAAGGAUCAAAAUGUGUUUGACUCAAAGAAAAAAGUGAAAUUAACAAACGCUGAGGGGGUGGAAUACAAACUGGCAAAGAAGCAGCUGCAAGCCAUUGAGUUCAACAAAGCUCUCUUGGCAAUGUACACAAAUCAGGGUGACCAGUGUCGGAAGUUGUCAUCGAACCUCCAGUCUCAAAAUCCGGGUCAUCCAAGACCAGUCCUCAUUCAGGUGGCUCAGCUUUGUAGAGAGAAACAGCACGGAAAGGCUAUCGAGCUUCUCCAGCAAUUUUCAGACAAACACCCGGAAAGUGCGUCUGGUAUAAAACUGACCAUGGCACAACUAUACUUGGUACAAGGGCAUGUAACAAAAGCAUGCGACGUUCUAAGGUCAAUUGAAGAGUUGAAGCACAAAUCAGGAAUUGUAUCGGCACUGGUGACGCUGUAUUCCAACGAAGAGGACAUUGAUGGUGCCAUAGAUGUUUUCAAACACGCUAUUGAGUACUACCAGGCGAGCCAGUCUGGAUCUCCGGUGCAUUUGGCCCUUGUGCGAGAAGCUGCAAAUUUCAAACUUAAAUAUGGGCGGAAAAAAGAAGCAAUUAGUGAUUUGGAGCAAUUGUGGAAACAAAACCCCAAAGAUGUUCACACACUUGCACAGCUCAUUUCUGCAUAUUCCUUAGUGGACACAAACAAAGCCAAAUCGCUGAGCAAGCACCUUCCAUCUGCAGAUGCCAUGUCCUUCAAUGUGGAUGUGGAUGAGUUGGAGAGCUCACAUGGUGCCACUUAUGUCAGAAAAAAGGCUGCUAAAGUUGCUGGAGAAAACCUUCCCAAAGAGCUAGGUCAAGGGGAUGUCAAAAAGAAGAGGAAGAAGAAGAAAGGCAAGCUUCCUAAGAAUUGUGACCCUAAAGCAACCCCAGAUGCCGAAAGAUGGCUGCCCAUGAGGGAACGCUCGUACUACAGAGGCAAGAAGAAGGGCAAAAAGAAGGAGACAAUUGGCAAAGGCACACAAGGAGCCACUGCCGGAGCAUCUGCUGAGCUUGAUGCAAGUAAGACUGCCAGCAGUCCUCCCACUUCCCCCCGACCCGGAUCUGCAUCUGGAACAUCUUCAGCUGCUGCGAGUAACGUCGUCCCUCCUCGACAGCAAAAACCAGCAGCUUCUGGGGCAACUCGCAAGAAGGCACCACAGAAGAAGAAGAAAGGAGGCAAAGGGGGAUGGUAG